UUCCAGUGUUUGAUGUGGAGGCUGACACUGAGAAAAGAGAGAAGGCUGCUGAUAAUAUGAUUGUUCUAUCAAAGGAAAAUGCCGGAGCUGAAUGUGUUUACAAUCAGGACGUGGUGCCAAAGAUAGUUAAAAUAAUGAAGGUUGAGAAGAAUCAGAAAAUAAGGUUAUCCCUAGUGCGCGUGCUCGGGUUCCUAGCUAAGAGUAAGAUGGAGCGCGCUAAAGCAAUCUUGAAGGAGGCCGGGUCCCCUUUCUUUCUUAACGCUCUCAACACUAAGGAUGAGGAUUCUAUUACUGCUGUCACCUACGUGAUCCAAGCUAUCUUGGAUUCACUCUCCAGACUGGAUUUAAGUGAGAAAUGGAAGGAUAAAAGGAAGGAGAAGAAGAGAAUGACUGUUGAAGAAAGAAAGAAUAUGAGAGCUGAUGAGGAGGCAAGAGCUGAAAUAAUUAAGGAAAAUAAAUUAGAGUUGACAAGUAUCAUGAACACAAUCUGUUUUAAUACUACAUCAAGGACUAUUACAGUUGUAAUAUCCCCCUUACUGGACUUCUGA